UUAGUGUGUUAGUGUGUGUGUGUAUCCAUGUGUGUGUCAGUGUUUGCAGAGGUCAAAAAAGAGCAUUGGAUUCCCUGGAGCUGGAUCUAUAGGUACUUGUGAACUGCCUGACAUGGGUGUUGGGAACAGAACUCUGGCCCUUAGGAAGUGCACCAAGCACUUUUAACUGUUGAGCCUACUCUCUAUCAUUCUGUGGCCCAAGCUGGCCUCAAACUCACCAUCCUCUUGCCUCUGCCUCCUGGGUACUAGCAUGAAAGCCAUGUGCCAUACUUAACCUAAACAGGGUGAAUUUUUAUCACCCAUAUUGAAUCAGGUGGUCAUGUGGUUUCAUUCCUUCAAACUCUCAGCCACAGUUCCCCAGCAAGAAUCCUCUUUCUACAUUUCUCUGAACACCAGUUCUGGGGAAUGUUCUCUAGAAUCUUGGUCCUAGUAUCUGUUGAGUAGGUGACCUGAGACAUGUUAUUUACCCUGACAGUUCAAUCUUUGAUAAAAUUGGUAAGAUCAUUACAAGGAUACUAUGGAAAUCAGAUGUUCAGACAGCUGUGUACCACAGUUGGCCCAAGGGAAACACUCCACAGGUGUAAAAUGCUAAUAAAAAAAAAAAAGGAGGAAAUGAUUACCAGACUUUCAUUGAUCCCUUCAGAUGAUCAACCCCUGCCCUGGCUUGUAGCACAAUGUUGAUACCUUAAAGCUUAAGAAAAAGACAAAUGCACAGACCAAUAAAUGUCAGGAAGACAUCUGGGCAGUGGUGCAUGUUUUAAUCACAGCACCCAGGAGGCAGGGACAGGCAGAUCUCUAAAUUCCAGGCCAGCCUGAUCUACAAAGCCAGUUCCAGGACAGCCAGGACUACACAGAGAAACCCUGUCUAAAAAAAACAAGAUGGGGUGGGAGAGAAAGUCAGGAAGACAUAAGCUAGGAGAAACAACGGCAAAUGGCAGAGAUCAAAAGAGAGCAAAGGGAAGGUCACUAAGUUAGCAGAAAUAAGGCAAAGAAAAGGAGGGAGUGAACUGCCAAGAGAAACAGAAAAUUGAUAAGAACAUUAGUUGAUGGAUGAAUAUGAGUUGGUUGCCACUAAGGUAACACACUGCAUACAAAGAAAGCAAAAGAUGGUCAGCUGCUAUUUGUGAUCAGCCUCCUUUGCCCUCAACCAGGAUGCCAGUAAGGAUUCACAUGUUCUCCAUCACAUUCUUGGUUUCCUCUGACCAGACACUAUCUGACUCGGAGGAACAGUGGAAGAGGACAAGUGGUUAAGUGAUGGGCUGGAGAAGGGAGCCUGAAAAACAUCAGCCUUGUGUUUCCUGAUAAGUACACAGGGUGAGUCUUUAUCAGGCCUCUUAUAUCACACUAAUCUGACAGCUUCAUUCCUUCAACCAGACACAAAAAGCCAUGGCCAACCACAGCUCCCCAGCGGGCUUCUUCCUGCUGGGCUUCUCUGAACACCCACACCUGGAAAAGAUUCUCUUUGUGGUUGUCUUGUGUUCCUACCUCCUCACACUCCUAGGAAACACACUCAUCCUCCUGCUGUCCACACUGGACCCCAGGCUCCACUCUCCAAUGUACUUCUUCCUCUCUAACCUCUCCUUCUUGGACCUCUGCUUCACCACAACCUGUGUGCCCCAGAUGCUGGUCAACCUCUGGGGACCCACAAAGACCAUCAGCUUCCUGGGAUGCUUUGUCCAACUCUUCAUCUUCUUAGCCCUGGGCACCACCGAGUGCAUUCUCCUGACAGUGAUGGCCUUUGACCGCUAUGUGGCAGUCUGCCAGCCCCUGCACUAUGCCACCACCAUCCAUCCCCGCCUGUGCUGGCAGCUGGCAGCUGUGGCCUGGAUCGUUGGCCUGGUGGAGUCAGUGGUUCAGACACCAUCCACUCUUCGCCUGCCCUUCUGUCCCCACCAUCAGGUUGAUGACUUCGUGUGUGAAGUCCCUGCUUUGAUUCGACUCUCCUGUGGGGAUACCACCUAUAAUGAGAUACAAAUGGCUGUAGCCAGUGUCUUCAUCUUGGUUGUUCCUCUGGGUCUCAUCCUUGUCUCUUAUGGUGCUAUCGCCAGGGCAAUAAUGAGGAUAAACUCUGCAAAGGGACGCAGGAAAGCUUUCGGGACCUGCUCCUCCCACCUCAUCGUGGUCACCCUCUUCUACAGCUCAGUCAUUGCUGUCUAUCUGCAGCCCAAAAAUCCCUAUGCCCAAGAGAGGGGCAAGUUCUUUGGGCUCUUCUAUGCAGUGGGCACUCCUUCUCUUAACCCUCUCAUAUACACCCUGAGGAACAAGGAGGUCAAGAGGGCAUUCAGGAGGCUGCUGGGGAAGGAAGUGGAGCCCAGCUGACACACACUCUCAGUAUGCUGAAGGGAGAUUCUGCAUGCCUUUAUCAAAAGGCUUAUGUGGUCAUCCUCUUCAGACCUACCCUGCUACUGUAAUGGAUGACACAAUACAGGACACAAAGAUGAGAAAUUCAGUAAGGGAAUAUAGUUAUACCACAUAUAGAUUACCUCAGGAAUCAAAUGCAAUCUAUCUGUACUUUAUCAAUUCACCUCCAUCCUCCUGUGCCCCAUUUCACUGAUUUUGAUUUUAAUUCCUUGCCUUUGCCAGGGUGUAUGUCAUGAAGAUUUUAUUUUUGUUAUGUCUUUGUGUAUGUGUGGAUGUCUGAAGAAGCAGGAAGAGGGUUUAAGGUCCCCUGGAGCUGGAGUUACAGGGAGUUAGGUUGUCCAACAUGAGUGUUGUAUCUCGAACUCUGGUUCUUUGAGAGAGCACAAACGCUCUUAACCGCCGAGCACAAACGCUCUUAACCGCCAAGCCAUCUCUCUUGCCCCUUGUCACCAUUUUUUCCCGCUUCCAAUCCCAUUUCCCACUGCAUUUUUGCUGUAUCUCCUUUAGAGUUUCUUUGUAAUUCUAUAUGACUCUUCCUUUUUUAUCGCCCAAAUAUCAGCAAGGGUUGAGGGGAAACUGAAAUUUAAUUUAGAAACCCAACCAAAAAAUAGUGUUAGGAUGUUUGCCUAAAAUUUAGGUCCUGUGACUUCUAGUCAGACCAUUCCCAAAUGCAUGCUGUUUCCACACCAUAAUAAAAUGUUCCAUUAUUCUUACCUUGAGACCAGUACAAGGCCUUGGAGAGCAACCUGAACUGUAGUCCUAGUGUUGUCUUUAUUAAUGCCAGACAGCCAGGUCAAAAAAAACCCGCUUCUCUUUAAUGCGGGGAGAACAAUUUGAGCACUGGAACUUUGGUGCCAUCUACUGGCCAGAUAUGGAACUGCAUUGAUAUACCGACCAGUCACCUAAGUCCUCUCCCUAAACAGAAGGGCUGCUCAAGAGAUAAUAUGUUGUAGUUAAUGUGAUAAUUCUUAGAUGUCUUGUGAUCUUCCAGGUACCAUUGAAAGUAUUUUACAACCCUUGGCUCAUUUCAUUCUUGUAGCAUUAUGAAGCUUUUUCAGAAGCAAAACCUAAGAAUAGUUCAUAUACCAUCUCUCAAAUUUCUCAGCCAGGACUGGCACCCAGGAGGGCAUAAUCCAGAUCCCCAGCUCUAAGUCCUGUUUUGGUAUAUAUAGAGCCUUCCUAGCCCAGCGAGAAGCCUCAAUUUGUCCUCAAACUUAAGAGGAAUCAAUCUUAACUAGACAUGUCCAUCCUGAGACCUGCCUCGCUAUAGGAAGUUUCCCAAGUUGCUUCAAAGCACCCUGUGAGAACAUUAGAAACAGAAGACUACUUUGGUAAGAUAUCUGAGCCUGGAAGUCUGUCUCGGUGGGACAGGGCUUCCCUGCAUAUGCAAGGUCCAGGGCUUGAGCUUCAGCACAACAGACAAGUAUCUGUGAUGAUCUGAGCACUACAAAGUGUGAAGGCAGUGCAACCCCAUCUAAGGGUAGGGCCACCAUCCUAGACCACCUGCUGUACUCAGUUCCAGAAAGGACCUCAGGAAUGUGCCAUGACAACUCAACAGAUACCCAGCAGGAUGCUCCUGCAGACAUUCUGUCUGCGAUUUAUGGCCCUUGAAGAUAUCUAGAUAAUCCUGCUGAGCAGUCCAGAUAACCCUCCUCAGCGGGUUGCGGUUCCCCGCCACAAGUUGAACCCAAUGGUUUCAAAUGUGGCUUCGCGCCCAAAGUCUAGACCAAUAGUUUCAAAAAGUCACCUUGCCCCAUAUCCCUUCCACCCAAUCCCAAGCAUGUAAUUCCCAGCUUGUGGUUUUUCCCUAUAAAAACUCUUUACACCUGGGCUCGUGGCCACCGCCACAUUUCCUUCCACCUACCUUGUGGUGGCCCAGGUUGAACCUGACAAUAAAAGGACCCUUAUGUGUUUGCAUUGGAAACCGACUCCUUGGUAGUCUCUGGGGGGUUUCGAAAAACAGGUACAACAAAAGCUAAGUCUGGAGGAGUCACUGUAAAUUUGAGGUGCACUGUGUCUGGUCUAGUCACCAGUUUACUUCUAACCCUCCAGUAAAGCCAGCCUUCCAAGUCUCACACUAUGCACAAUUAACCAUUCCCCCAGAUAUGUACCAGAAUAAUACCUCAAAACAUACAGCUUUAUAUUUAUUUUUGAGACAAGAUCUUAGUAUGUAAUAACCCUGGCUGGCCUGCAACUCGUGCUUCUGACUUCUGAAUGGUGGGAUUAAAGGCAUGUCACCCCACCCAGCACAGGAUGUGCCUCUUUUUUGUGUGGCCCUGGCUGUCCUGGAACUCACUCUGUAGACCAGGCUGGCUUUGAACUCUUGAGAUCUCCCAGGACUGGGAUUAAAGGCAUGCACCACCCCUGCCCGGCUAGCACAUGUCUCUUUAAGAAGAGGAUUACUUUGAGCUAAAGGCUAUAGGAAACCAACCCCCAAGAAAUGCUGCCCAGCAGGAAACAAAUUUUCCUUUUCUAAAGGAAAUUUACAUUUGAAAAGGCCUCAUUCUUAUCAGUGAAGAGGGCACUUGCUUAAAUCUGCAUAACAAAUUUUUAUUCACAGAACAGUAUUUACCACACUUUCCCUAAUGUCCUUUCUGUAACACAACUCCCCUCCACCAGCUCACUCAGAAAUGAAAAACCCUUCACCUUUGGGUAGACUAAGUUGUAUAAAGCCAACCUCUGAGUGCUCGUUACUAGUAAUCUCAAAGUACACAAAGCACAUGUUAAGAAUUUCACAUUUGUCUCUUAUUAAUCUUUUACCUGCCUGCAAGACCUCAGCUAGAGAACCUAUGACACAGGACUUUUCCCCUUUCUACACACACCUGAAGAUGUAUACCAUUUUGCUGCGCCAGAGCCUGCCAGGCCCACACACCUGUAUUCCCGUGCAGCUGCCCUGUACUGGAAAUCACCUUCCAUCAGUUUCAGUCACUAAAGCAGUGGUUCUCAACCUUCCUAAUGCUAUGACCUUUUAAUACAGCUCCUCAUGUUGUGGUGACCUCCCUCCCAACUAUAAAAUUAUUUCGUUGCUACCUCAUAACUGCAGUUUUGCUGUUAUGAAUGGUAAUGUAAAUAUCUGAUAUAAGGAUAUCUGAUAUGUGAGCCCUGUGUAUCAUCUGACCCCCACAAAGGGGUUGUGACCCACAGGUUGAGAGCACUGCACUAGACUCUAGUGUUGUUUCUUGCUCCAGGGAGGCUAUAAAAAUGGAUGCAAUACAAAUGGUUGUUAAUGUAUUUUUUUUUAAUCACAUGCUUGAGAGGCAGCUUGUUGUGGAGCCCACUUUUAUGAUGGCCUUUGGUUAAUGGAACACAAAGGACAAAGUAAAGAAUUCCCUGCUCUAAAAGCCUUGGUGAAUAAGCCAAAAUUUGCCUGUCUCAGGCAGCCUAAGGUUAUGGAACAUUGUGAAGGGAAGCUGCAAUUAGCAGAGCCAUCUUCAAACAAGACAGGCAGAAAGGGCAGGUCUGGGGUGGCAAAUGGCCCUGAAAUAUCCCCAAAGAGGGGCCUGGUAAAAUGCUAAAUAUCAGAUGAACAAAACUGGUUUGCUCAGGCUGGGUACAACGAUACACACCUGUAGUCCCAGCGAUGCAGAGUCAGAAGCAGGUGUAUUUCUAAGUUUGAGGUCAGUCUGGUCUACAUAGUUUAGUUCCAAGCUAGUCAGGGCUAUUUUGUGAGGGCCUUUCUCAAGAGAGAGAGAGAGAGAGGCAGACAAACCUGGUGAUCGUCAAGAGAGAAGAUGCACAAUAUGGUGAGGUCAUGAACACUGUCUUUGCGGAAGGCAGAUAAGCCUUGGUGGAUCAUGUUUCCAGGUAAACGUGCAAUGAAUUACACUACUCUGUAUGUGUUUCCAAGAGUUUAGUUCUACCCCUUGAGACUAGCACAGCAGAAUGUAGCAAAAACAGUGUUUUGUGACUUCCAAGGUUUGCUGAAAAAUACAUAUGUACCCGUCUCUCCCACCUCCAAGGACACGCAGUGACCUUUGAAAUCUAGUUUACUGUAUCAGAAGAAUCAGAUCACAAGGAAAAGCCCUGUGUAGUGGUUUCAGUCCACAUCCCAGCCAAGGAGCCUGCUAGGCCAAAACAAAACCCACUUCUAGGGGUUAUAAAGGACUUCUAACUAGCUCCUUGUCUUCAAAACUGCAGGCUGUUGUGUAGUGUAGACUCCCCUCACUGCAGCCCAUUUAAUGCUUUCACCCACAGAAACAAAGAUGUGGCUGUUGUGGGCUACGCAGUGGUCAACGCACAGUCUGGAUGUUUGCUCCACUUCCUGUUGCUGACAGUGUUCCUCUCCCCCAGCUGCAGGCUCCUGGCCAAGUAAUGAAUGUAGAACCCCACUCUAUAGACUGUUGUGAGGGAUCUGUCUCUGCCUCUCUCCUCUCCCUCUCAGAGGCCAUCUUGUUCACUUCUCUUUCCCAGUUCCUAGUACAGUAACCAUGGCCGUAACUGACUUGUCCAGUCAGCGCUUCUUAAUGGAGCCAGGUGCAGUGGCUGAUGACUGUAAUCCCUAGGAAUGCUGCAAGAGAACUUCUGUACAUUUCAACCUGGACUACCCAGCCAGAGCUACAUACCAAGACCCUGUCUCAAAAAUAAAAUCUGUUUCCAGGCACAAUGCUUAACACCUAUAAUCCAAUACUUGGAAGGUUGAGACACGAAGAUCACCAUGAGCUCAAGGCCAGCCUGGGCUAUAUAGUAACUACCAUGCUCCAGAUAGAGCUAUGUGGUAAGACCCUGUACCAAACAAACAAACAAACAAAAAAACCCACAACCUGUUGACAGGCAUGGUAGUACACACCUGUAACCCCAACACUUGAGAAGCUUCAGCAAAAGGACAAUUCAAAGACAGCAUGAACUACAUAGUGAGGGUGAGGCCCAACAUGGGCUAUAGAGAUGAAACUUUAUCUUAGAAUUACAAAGAUAACAGUCAUACACAGUAAGUAUUCACAGGAGUUCUAGUGACUGGGGCUAGGGCAGAGAUGAGAAAAGACCACAGGUAUGUAACAGGGCACUGAGGCCUGGCAGGUAGUCUGGGGUGCAGGGUGUACCUGACUGAGGCGAAGCUGGAGGUGCGGUCAGCUCCACUGAGCACAAGAACAGGUGCUGCCUAAGCUCCCUCAGGCCUCUGCACCAAGCACUCUGUCAGCUCUGCUAUGUGGCUGGGUUCCUGCCUCUCUUGCUAUAGUCUGCCUCACUCUUGGCUACAGUGGAGCUUCUGACCCUUGAUUUACUUACUAUUCACACCCCACCCAUGUGCAAUGCAGUACUGACAGGGGUGAUUUCAGUCUGCACAGGGCUGGUCUGUGCUUGGGCUAUAGUUUCUGAAGCCAACUGUUAAUUUCUACACUGCAGGUUUCUCUACUCCACAGGCCUCCUCUCCUUGUUCUGAGAAAACUCCACUGCAGGAAAAAGGGAAACUCAAAUUAAAUCCAACUGGUCCCAGGUGGAUAAUCACUAUAGGUUGUUUUCAAAGGGGCCUAAGAUUUAACCUGCCAUCAACAGGACAGUGAAAUGACAGAGCAGAUCCAACCCUUGUAGCUUUCAUGCAGAGCUGGGGAGGAAAACCAUCAUCUUAAAACAAAACAAAACAAACAAAAACCCGCACAACAUGAAAAAGCUUCAAAAAAGCCAAAAGGGCACUCAGAAUUCUAAGAAUUCCAGUUUGUUUUUGUUCCUCCUGGCUUUUCAAACUUUCAUCUUGAUCAAAAAAAAAAAAAUCUUCCCAAGGUACUCAGUGUUCCUUAGAUAAUGAUUUUUAAGUUUGGAGGCACCUAUCCAGAGCCUGGCAGUCACUGUUUACUUGUGAUUCUUCCUUUCUGAGGAGACUCCUCACAUCUGCUCCAGGCUCCCAGAUCAUGGCCACCACUGUCAGGGAAUCCAGGAAGCAGCUGUAACAGAGGCUACCAUGGCCCAAGCAGAUCCAGGCACUGGAAUGCAUAAUUAACCUAGUUCUUAUAUGCACUCCAUUGAGAAAUGCAUCAUCAUUACCGUUAUUACCAGAUUCCCAAAAGUGGAGAAUAGAGAUUGGAGACAUUUCUGCAUGUGGUGCAGGCCGGACACGCUGGCAGUCUGACUCCAGAGCCCACACUUCUAACCACCAAUGUCAGCACUUACUAAUCAGGGCCUUAAUCUUGUCCUGCUUUGCCCUACUAAAUUCUGCAUGGAUCAAUCACAUAUCUCUUUGCACCUCUCCACUUCAAAGCCUCUUCAUUAACUCCAAGCCUGAGAGCCUGGGCUUCUCCCUUCCUGGCCUGGAGCCCACUCAGUUCACAGGAUGGAGGGUGAGGUGCUGAGUCACACUGUUCACUGGUUUAUUGAGAUUCAGGGAGAUCCUUCCCCAAGAGACACCACAGUGUGAAAGGGACAUUGCCUCCCGCCCCAUCAGUCCAUCUGUCCACGCUUUGUAUGGUUAGGAUGUGGACCUACUAUCCACUGGAAAGAGCCUCCAACCUGUACCCGUUUCUUUUCCCUUAGUUCUGAAAAAUAAUAAUAA